CGGCAGCGCCUAGGCAAGGCAUGUAGCAGCAGCAGACCAGCGGCACGGACAGGAGAAAAGAAAAGGUGGGCAAAAGCGGGCACGAAAAACCGAAGCGCUCGCCGACCCACCCACCGAACCGAUCCCCCACACCACACCACACUCCCCGGCCUCGGACCCGAGCGGAGGAGAGAGAGAAGGGGGCGGGAGGAGGAGGAGGUGGCGGCGCGGAGCGACACGCGGAGAGGAAUGCGCGACCCGGUGUGAGCCUCUCUCGCCCCCUGCGAAAUCCCAUUGAUUUUGAUUCCGAUUCCGCCGGCGGCGAAAUCGGGCCGGGCGGCGAGCGGGCAAGUUGGGGAGGGAGCGACGGUGUUGUUGGGGAGGGGGUGAGACGGUGAGGGUUGAGGAGCGGCGGCCACGGCGACCGGGAUGAAGGGAGGGGGCGGGAAGGAGACGGUCACCGCCACCUUCCUCCGCUCCCUCCUCCUGCUCCUGCUCCCCCUCACCGCGCUCUACUUCUUCUACACGCUCCACCUCCUCCUCGCCACCGCGUCGCCGGCCGCCUCCAACUGCCCGCCUGACUCCUCCGUGUCGGUCUCCGGGGCGUCCGCCAAACUCACGGCCGCGGCGGCGGAGGAGAAGAAGCGCCCCGGUUCCGCCGCCGCGGCGCCCACGCCGACGACGCUGCAGCACGUGGUGUUCGGCAUCGCGGCGUCGUCGCGGUUGUGGGACAAGCGCAAGGAGUACAUCAAGGUGUGGUGGCGCCUGCGCGGCGCCAUGCGGGGCUACGUGUGGCUCGACCGCGCGGUGCGCGAGUCCAACAUGUCCACGGCGCGGACGGGGCUCCCGGCCAUCAGGAUCUCCGACGACACCUCCGCCUUCCCCUACACGCACCGCCGGGGCCACCGCUCCGCCAUCCGCAUCUCCCGCAUCGUCUCCGAGACGUUCCGCCUCGGCCUCCCCGAGGUGCGCUGGUUCGUCAUGGGCGAUGACGACACAAUCUUCUUCCCCGACAAUCUCCUCACCGUGCUCAACAAGUUCGACCACAGCCAGCCCUACUACAUCGGCUCCCUCUCAGAGAGCCACCUGCAGAACAUCUACUUCUCCUACGGCAUGGCGUACGGCGGCGGCGGCUUCGCCAUCAGCCGCCCGCUGGCCGAGGCGCUCGCGCGGAUGCAGGACGGCUGCAUCCGCCGCUACCCGGCGCUCUACGGUAGCGACGACCGGAUCCAGGCGUGCAUGGCGGAGCUGGGCGUGCCGCUCACCAAGCACCCGGGGUUCCACCAGUACGAUGUGUACGGUGAUCUGCUGGGCCUCCUCGCGGCCCACCCGGUGGCGCCGCUCGUGACGCUGCACCACCUCGACGUCGUCAAGCCCCUGUUCCCGGACGCGAGGUCGCGCCCCGCGGCGGUGCGGCGGCUGUUCGAUGGACCGGUGAAGCUGGACACGGCGGGGCUGAUGCAGCAGUCCAUCUGCUACGACGACGCCAACCGGUGGACGGUGUCCGUGGCGUGGGGGUUCGUGGUGCUGGUGGCAAGGGGCGUAAUGUCGCCGCGGGAGAUGGAGAUGCCGGCGCGCACGUUCCUCAACUGGUACCCCCGCGCCGACUACACGGCGUACGCGUUCAACACGAGGCCCAUGGCGCGCAGCCCGUGCCAGAAGCCUGCCGUGUACUACAUGUCGUCGGCGCGGCGCGCGCCCGACCGCGACGGCGGGGAGACCACGGUGACGCGGUACGAGCGGUGGCGCCACCCGAACGAGACGCGGCCAGCGUGCCGGUGGGACAUCGCCGACCCGGACGCGCAUCUUGAUAACAUCGUCGUGUUCAAGAGGCCUGACCCCGGGCUCUGGGACAGGUCUCCCAGGCGAAAUUGCUGCAGAGUGGUUUCGUCGCCCAAGGAGGGGAGCGGGAAGAAGAUGACCAUCGAUGUAGGCGUAUGCAGGGAAGGCGAGUUCACCCAGGUAGCAGCAGUAUAAGCUUCAUUAGAUAUAGAUGAAGAUAGGGAUAUUCAGAAUUCUUUUCUGUCUUCUUUGCUUGUACGAAUCUAUUCUUCUCGGAGGGUGGGUAUCAGAGAGUCUUCGUUUCAGCAUCA